AUGCAAAUUGUCUUCCCCAUCUCCAUGGUGGCAGUCGGCGUCACCGGAGCCGCUGCUCUCCUGGCAGUUGGAAAUAGAAUGAUGUACCACAAGGUAGGAUUACGCUAAUUUGAAUUGAUUUUUAUAGUGGCGCAGACCUGUGAUGGUUGAUGAAUUCGAUGACCAGCUUAUAACGCGUGAUGCUUGGGUUCGACAGGAAAACGCCAGGAUACGGAAAAUUCGGCAGCAGAUGAAAUCCUGAGAGCGAUAGAGGAACGUGUACGAAGGAACAUCCAUACUUUU